CAGUGAACGUACAGACAAAACAACAGCUGAAGUCAAAAAGAUAAAAAAAAAUUGAAUUUGAAAAGAAAUAUUAAUCUUCUUCAAGAUGGCACAGACCCAACCAAGACAAAAUUUCCACUCGGAGAGCGAAGCCGGCAUCAAUAAACAGAUAAAUUUGGAGCUCUAUGCCAGUUACAUAUAUCAGUCAAUGGCCUUUUAUUUCGAUCGUGAUGAUGUGGCACUUCCAGGAUUCAGCAAAUUCUUCAAGAAAUCAUCUGAUGAAGAACGAGAACAUGCAGAAAAGCUGAUGAAGUAUCAGAAUAAGAGAGGAGGCCGUAUUGUCCUUCAGAACAUCACUAAGCCUGAUCGUGAUGAGUGGGGGAGUGGAUUGGAAGCCAUGCAGACUGCUCUGUCACUGGAAAAGAAUGUCAACCAAUCACUUCUAGAUCUUCAUGGUGUUGCUAAUGCUCACGGAGAUCCACAGUUUUCCGACUUUAUUGAGGAGACCUUCCUGACGGAACAGGUGGAGGCUAUCAAACAGCUGUCUGAUUAUAUCACUAUAUUGAAAAAGGUUGGACCAGGACUUGGAGAGUUCCAGUUUGACAAAGAAACUUUGCAGGAUUAGACAGCCAAUCAGCACUUUGUUAACAACAGUAUCAACCAAUGGGAGCAAAGACACUUCUAUCAGCAUUGACCAAUUAUAGAUCAGUUCAAAGAAUUUAAAGCUUUUUCUUUUUAAUGUAUUGUUGUGUGUAAUAUUUUAACAAUCAAGACAUCACCAAAAGUUAUGAAAUAUUUUAUCAAAUAAAUAUGAUAGAAAAACUAAAUUGAGAAGAUAUCUGAAAUUGUUUGGCAUUUAUGUGAAGUAUAUUUGGAUAUAUCAGCGAUUGUUUUGUAGCCAGAAUACAAACUAGGAAACUCCUUUAAAACACAACUGUUCAAAUGUGUAGCUGUUGUGAAGUAGAUAUUGUAGUAUAACAUAAGUGUUGGGUGUUACAUACAUCUUGUUGUCAGAAAUUCAAAUCAGAUGUUCAAAUCCAGAGCAUACAGGCUUGAUUAUACCAAAUUCAUCUACCAUAUUACUGCGGAUAAUCUAUUGGACCAAAUAUUUUUCCUUGUUUUGAUAUACAACAUUUACAACAAGUUUUAUUUUGGAUCUUUUGUAUGUAUUCAUGAAGUUUUUAAGCUGUUGCAAAUUCCUGUUAUUUUUUCCUUUGUAUUUUGU